UGAAGUCAAAGUGCUUUUUAAAAAAGGUUUUCCCGUUUCGCUGGAGCAUUCCCUUCUCAAGUCGCUCAUGCUCGCCCCAGUCAUGCUCGCAGCUCCACGCCCGACCAACACAGGCGUAUCCACAGCAUGAAUGGGCGUGGGAGGAGGGUACUAGGAGGCAACGCGAGUGGCCCUCUCUACGCAUGUGGUGCCUGGCACUGCCUCGUGGAUAUAAGCGAGCAAGAGCCACUCACAGUUCAGUCCUGCGGGAGCUCCCACAGCGGUGCCUGGUGUCGGUGGCUCAGUCUCCCCUCGCGCUCACUCGCUCGCUCGCCCGGCAGCCGGUCCGGGGUCGUGCCACUCGCUCGCUCGGGUCGCUGCCACGAGUCCCCUCACCUGGCACGUGCGACGCCACACCUUGCUCCGCUCUCGCCCUCGCCCAGCCCACGAAGGCGACAGUGAUGGCGGGGGCUCGCACGGACGCGCCUGUUGAUGCCCGUGCCAGCCAGGCCCCGUUCGCGUGAGGCGGCGCUCGUUCGGCCCUGGACUCCGAGCGCCGAGGAACCGGAUGACGAGCUGACCGGAAGGAGGAAGGUGCUUUUAACUCGAUCUACAUACAUUGGGAAAGUGCAAGGAAAUAUACAUUCGCCCUCUGUUACCUCCACAGAAAGAUCAUUCAAUACAAUACAUUAUAGAUACAAUAUACACCUCUACUAGUGUGAUUUGUGAUAUCGGCCACAACGUAGGACACACGAUACGCAAGACUCUUACUAACACACUCUGUGAUCGCACAUCAGGAAGUGACGAUGCCGUUCUGCGCUCGACAGUGUUUUCUGGGAAGUUAACCGGCGGGAAUCUCGAGCUCGCGUGCCUCCCGUUCGCCAUGGCGGCCAGGAACUUCACCUCCGUGGCCGAGAUCCUCGCGCUGGGGCUGAGUCGGCCCGGGGUGGCGCCGUCGGCCUCCUCCUGGCCCAGUGCCUCGGGGGGCGAAGGAUGGCCCAGCAAUUCCUCACACCCCUCAAGACUAGAGGACUACAGGAGAGUCCCAGAGGGAGGCGCAGACGCGGGGCCUUGGGGGGUUGCAGGAGCGACGGAUGCGGGGAGUGACACGGAGGCGCAGCGGGACAACGUUAGCGACGCGUUAUACUCGGUUUACAACGCGAUGAGUAGUGGUUACAUUAGCAGUGAAAACGACAGUGAUGUGAGAUUAGAUAGUCAGGAAUAUCACCGCCUUGAAAACCAGUCAGUAGGUGCUUUUAGUGUCGGAUCUAGAAAUGAAGCGUUUGAAAAUGCUCGUGUUGGUUUAGUAGGUAAUGGAGAAGCUGAGUCCGUGGCCGCCUCCGCCGAGGUGUCCGUGGGCGAGGGCGGCGCGGCCAGCAGCUUCAUGGGUGCUUUGUUAGGGUUCUCGCCCCGCGCCGCAGACGACGAGGGCUCUCUACCGUCCAGAAAUUCAUCCUCGAUCUUUAGAGACGUCUUCAACCUCACCCUCGACGGUGGCAACGAGACCUUCGGUGCCCUGGAGAGCGGGGACUUCCAGGGGCUGUUGGGCCUGCAGGGCGCACCCUACUUCUCCGCGUACACGUACAACGGCAGCCACCACGGCGGCAACAGCACGAGCGAGGCGGAGACACUCUUCGCCAACUACCCGCCGUUGCUGCUGGACUUCGCCGUCUUCUGCUGCGUCCUCUUCAUCGUGCUCGGCGUCCCCGGCAAUCUCAUCACCAUCGUCGCGCUCGUCAAGUGUAAAAAGGUAAGUGGACAGAAGCCCCUUAUUGCAACCGCUGAACUCUUACAAGAUUCCCCGAAGUGCCUGCGAUGCAGACUCUGUUUUCAGAAAUCUGGCGUAGCAUGGAGAUGAUUACUGAAGAAUAAUGGUUUAUGCUUCCGCUCAAUUUUGCCUUGAAAA